GCUAGUUGUAGUAAUGCUCGGAAUUUUCUCAAUGAUAUUGACAAACUUCAAAAUAAACUCCCAGAUCUGUUAACAUUUUAUAGUAAUCAAUACUCAUUUCAUGUGAGUGCAAGUAAUGAUGGUCUUUUUUUAUUAGAA